GACGAAAAAGAGACGACAUUAAAAACGUGCCGAGAGAUUUUUCAGGAGUCACGUUUUAAUAGAUGAGAGAGAGGGGGGAGAGAAAGAGAGAGACGGGGAAGAAAGAGAGAGAGAGAGAGAGAGAGAGAGAGAGAGAGAGGAGAGAGAGAGAGAGAGAGAGAGAGAGAGAGAGUAGAGAGAGAGAGAGAGAGAGAGAGAGACGCGCACGUUAACUGCGUGUGUCCUUCUUGGACUCAGUUGUGUGACCAGCUGACGGGCUGAACUGGAGACGGACGAAGAAACUUGAGACAAUCACAGCGAGAUCCGACAUUCAGAGGGUGUCCAGCCCUCCGUGGGAAACUGAAAGAGACGCUUCGAGAGAGAAGUGGGAAGAACAUCAGCAGAGAGGGGCUCGGCGAGAUAGAGGAGGAUAUUAGGCGGUGUGAAAAUAAAGGGGGAGAAGAGAGUGACUGACACCUGCCCUCCAGCUCAGUGUGAAGGACACAGAAUGAAAGAGUGAGAGGAGGGGGAUGGAAAGAGGGAAGACAGAGGAGAGAAUGAAGACAACCGGAAAACAAGGCCUGCCUAACAGCAAACCUCACUCAAAUUAGGACAUCUCGCCCCAAGACAAGAUGAUUACAAGGAAUCUGCUCCUUUUGGUUUCCUUAUGCCUGUGGGAGGGGCUCGCAGGAAGUGCCUCGGCCAGUAAGAUUUUAAGGAGGAGAGGAGUGGGUGGAUCACACUCACUGAAGCUAGGGGAGAGCAGAGAUACGGACCAAUGGGAUGCAAGCGUGGAUGCGAAUGCAAUGCCCGUGGUGCCUCUUAGAAACCUGAUUAGUCACGAGCAGGCGGGUGACACUGGAUCUUAUUCUCAUUCCAAAAUAUUGCUGAAUCAUGCUGCUUCAUCAGUAGCCAACAAGGAGCGACAAGCUUUCAAGCCCAAGCGCGAGGUCGACUCUGUCAAUAAAAAAGAAGUAACUCCGCACAUAUUAGCCUCUAGCAAGGAGCUAAACCAAGAUGCUAAGAAAGUCAAGAACAACACAAAGAAUGCUGAGACUUCUAUAAAAACAGGAAGGUCAGAGAAGACAUUUGCAAUCCACCACAAGCCGGAGCUACACGCCAAUAAAACUAAGUUUAAAUCCGGCUCUAGAACCAGGAGCAGGCCAGAUUUGGGUGUCUACACUACAGGUGUGCCAGGAAAAGGGUUCAGCAUAGAUUCAAACCGAAAGCUGAACCUCACGGGUAGUUACGGGGUUCUGAAGCUGCUGUCGAAAGAGAACCUAGUUAGGAUCGUCAAUUCCCAAAUGCAAAGCGUUCCCAGCCUGAGCUUUCCGAGCAAGGGCAGCCGGAGCAGGAAGAGAGAUUUGAUUGACGUUAAUCACAGAGAGUUGGAGGCUCAGAAAGUGCCAAGACAAGAUAUGGUUGUCACUCAGCUCCACACUGGUUUUGAUAAUCAGACAGCGUUCCCUUAUUUAAGCCCAGUCACCACCCCAGAUAUGAAUCGUGAGCAGGGAGCGAACACUCGUGUUAAUCCUAUAAGUGAAGUCAACCCAGCUUUGAGUAAAGGGCAGGGCAGCAUGGGAAUGCAGGGUUCAGGCGGUGGCGAUAGCAAGAGCAAACGCCUUGUCCGUUUGCUGUCAACACCCCACAGCGAGGUCAACAUCACCCCCGAGAGAGAACUACCAAUCAGCCAAACGGAACCACCAUUUACAUGGACAAAACAUCUCCCGCAGUAUCUUCCCUCCGAAACAAAUUAUUCUCCGCAGUCUGUGCUGACGAUCCAACCCGAGGGAGAACGACCGGGGAUCGGAGCAGCAGAUCCCCACAGAGACCCAUUAAAAGAGUCAGUUCUCGCUGCUCAAACAGAGCUCAGCACAGCUCAGUACCCUGCAGAUGAAGACAAUAAACUUGUCAACAGCAGUCAUGUCCUGAGGCUCCACCCGGCUCCCGCAUGGAGCCACGAUACGAAAGACAUGGGGACUCAAGCUGUCGAUCCAGAAAACGUGAAUGGCCUUGUGUUUGAGGAAGCGGAGGUGGAAGAGGAGGAGCGGGACAACAUGGAGGGUCAGGGGCCGCGCUCCCGCAGCAGGAGGAGCUGGAUCUGGAACCAGUUCUUUGUGAUAGAAGAGUACGCCGGGCCGGAACCUGUGCUCAUCGGACGGCUCCACACCGACAUAGACAGGAAUGAUGGACGCACUAAGUACGUCCUGCGAGGCGAGGGGGCCGGCUCGGUCUUUGUGAUCGACGAGAAGACCGGCAACAUUCACGUCACUAAGCCACUGGACCGAGAGGAGAAGGACGAGUACCGCCUCGUCGCCACGGCCACCGACAGGCAGACGGACCGGGCCCUGGAGCCCUCGUCACAGUUCAUAAUUCGGGUGCAGGAUAUCAACGACAACCCACCUAUCUUUGACGACGGCCCCUACAUCGCCAUCGUGCCUGAAAUGGCAAAUAUAGGCACGUCUAUAAUCCAGGUGACAGCGACAGAUGCUGAUGACCCAACCUACGGGAACAGCGCCAGGCUAGUGUACACACUGGUGCAGGGCCAACAGCACUUCUCUGUCGAUCCCCAGACAGGCAUCCUGCGUACGGCCAUACCGGACAUGGACAGGGAGACCCAGGACCAGUACCUGGUUCUGCUCCAGGCCAAAGACAUGGGGGGCCACCUGGGUGGAUUAUCUGGGACCACCACCGUCACUGUCAGGCUCACUGACGUCAAUGACAACCCACCACGCUUCACCCAGAGCAUGUGGUCCUUCUCUGUUUCUGAACUGGCCAUCGCGGGCGCUGAGAUCGGACGCAUCUCGGCAACGGACGCCGACCUCGGUGAGAACGCCAAGCUGGAGUACACCAUCCUGGAGGGGGAGACGGGGGAGACGUUCAACAUCACCGGAGUGAACCAAGAGGCGGUCAUCACGCUCAACAAGCCUGUUGACUAUGAGAGCCGGAGCUCCUACUCCUUCUCUGUGGAGGUUCUCAACCCCAUAGUGGAUCCUCGAUUCUUGCGUCGAGGCCCCUUCAAGGACCGGGCCUCCAUCAGAGUAGCAGUGCUCGAUGCAGACGAGCCUCCGAGGUUCUCCAGAGCCAGAUACCAUAUGGAUGUUUCUGAAAACUGCCCGCCAGCCUGCACUGUGGGCCGGGUCAGCGCUGUAGACCCGGAUACUGGUCUUACCAAUAAUAUCAGGUUCUCUAUUGAUCCUCAGUCAGACCCAGAGGCUCUGUUUCGUAUCACCCCAGACACCGGCCUCAUCACCACCGCCAUGGAGCUGGACCGCGAACGCGACCAUUGGCACAACAUUACUGUCAUCGCUACGCAAAGAGACAAUCCCAGCCAGGUGUCAAGAGUUCUGGUUGCAAUAGAGACACUGGACCUGAAUGACAACGCACCUGAACUUGACCGGCAAUACUCAACAGCCAUGUGCGACUCGUCCACCAUCGGGCAGGUGGUGCAGGUGUUGCGGGCGAUUGAUAGAGAUGAGGGGGGGAAUGACAGCACUGUGUAUUUCAGCAUCCCUCCAGAGUCCAGCGCUGCCCUCAACUUCAGCGUCAGGGACAGCGGAGGCCCCACAGCCAGCCUGGUGCUGCUGUCCCAGCUCCAGCCUCUGUCCCGCUCCGCCUCCUCCACCCUAACGUUCCACGUGCCGCUGGUCCUGAGGGACGGCACGUCGGGCCUCACCAGCAGCGGGACGGUCACCGUGUCUGUCUGUCCCUGCCUGAGAGGAGGGGCGCGGGCCCGGGACAAAGACAAGGACAACCAGAGCGAGGGCGAGUGGGACUGGGAGAGAGAGGCAGUGUGUCUCCCUCAGCAGUCCUCCCUCCCCUCCCCCGGCCUCAGCACUGCCGCCCUGCUGGCUAUCCUGGCCUGUGUCGCCACGCUACUGGCGGUGAGUGGCCUGUCGCUGUCUCUGCGCCGGCAGAAACGUGACUCCCUGUCGCCGCUGGAGGAGGACGACGUACGUGAGAACAUCAUCACGUAUGACGACGAGGGCGGGGGCGAGGCCGACACGGCCGCUUUCGACAUCGCCGCACUUCAGAGCGCCCCGCACAGCUCGCGCUCUCGUGGCUAUCGCACACUGGACAGCAGGAAUGUACGUUAUGCCCAUCAUAAUCAAGAAAAAGCUCGCACCUAUAGCUGGGCUCAGAAUCCGGGCGUUGAACACAACUACUCAGGACCCGGAGGACCUCUCUAUGGCCGCCUGUGUUACAGCAGCCACACGUUACCCGUUCUCCGCCGCACACCAGGUGGAACAUUUGAACCGGCCCUUGCCGAGCUAGGAUACCGCUACCCUGGGGGCCAGCCAGACCACUCUCUGGUCAUCCAAAACCAGGGGGCUAUGGUGGGGACCAUGGAUUCCGGGGCGGUGUACAUCACUCCAACAGAACUCAGCACGGGCAGCCGAACGGGGAGUCGAACGGGAAGCCGUGACGGAACUGGACCCCAAAGCGGGGUUAGCACGUCGGAUGGAGGGACGCCGAGGACCAAUGACAGUCGCGAGAGAGGUGGAGGGACUGGAACUGCGAGCAACUGCACCGAGGGGAGCAGUGAGGACAAAGUGAACGGCAGUCAAGAUGUGGACUGGUACCACACUCUACCCCAACCCCGAACUGAAACCACUCGUGCUCGCCUACGUUCCCUCCAGGUGCAGUCGGAGACAUUACCCAGGGAGCAUCACCUCGUCAUGACCAGAUCUGGCUCCAUGGUGGGCCAGGGUCACGCCGCAGGAGGCUGGGUCUGCGACUCGUCUACCCUCCCCCUCUCGGGACGCAGGGCCUCCCGAGGGGGCUUGUCCCCGAAACGCAUGGGUUCCGGUCAUGCUGAAUAUGACUCCAGCGGAGGAGGGGGAAAUGGAAAUGGAAGUGGGCGAACAAACCCAGAUGGACAGCAUCCUGCGAGUGCGCGGAACUACGCCACUGUCCUCCAGGGGGAGGUGAACGGACACAGGGACUAUCCCGGCAGCUUGGGGAGAGGAGGACUAGAAAUGGGGAGCAACUUUGUGGUGGCGAGGCAGGACAGGGAUGGCGGAGGGAUAUCAUCCGUUUACCCAGAAGCUGCUGGGAUGAUCGGGGACUGGCGUGAUCGGAUGGGUUUAGGGGGGUAUGUUUUAGGAAGAAGGGAUAUAACCCCCCAGAUUUUCCCCUUCCAUGGGCAGCCUCGGGGAGCAUACGGAGGGGUGAUGGGCUUCGGGUCCGGCUGGGUUCCGGGAAUGGAUGCUGCCCGAGGAGCUCCGGGGCCGGGGGGUCCCUCCCUAGCACUGAGGGUGGGCGAGUUCCUACGCCUGCGUCUCGCCCAGGUCACUUUUGACCCGUCGCAGCCACCGUACGACUCUGUGCAGGUGUACGGCCUGGAGGGCACAGGGUCCCGGGCCGGGUCCCUCAGCUCCCUGGAGAGCGAAGGAGAGAAGGAUGCGGAGAAGGAAGAGUGGGGGGCCGGGCUGGAGGAAUGGGGACCCCAGUUCCAUAAAUUAGCUCAACUCUUUACAGACAGGGAGAAAGAAAAAGAGGAAACAGAUGAAGUCGGUGCCAAAACGGAGAAGGAAAAGAGAGAUGAGCCGGAGAAGAAAGAGGAAGGGGAGCAGGCUGGAGAAAAGGGAAAAGACUGAGGAAACGAUAGAAACGAAACAAAUAAGGGGCAAAGGGGGUAAGAGAGAGAGGGAGGGGAUGGGGGGAUGAUGAAAAGGCAACCAGAGCUAGAGUAAUGUGAAGAGAAGUUAAAGGAGAGAAAGAUGAAGAGGCAAAGUAAUCAAAAGAGACAGAGAGAAAUGAGCCUAGGAAGGGAGGAGAGUGCGAGGGCAGGGGAGGGAGUGAUUGAUGUAAUUUAAAGCAAUAAGUGUUGAAACGCUGAUAUGGUUGAGCACAGAUACUGAGACAAUGCAGAGACUGCUUCGGCUCGGGGCAGCAACUAUUUGUUAAAUGCUUUGGACAAAGAAAAACAACCCAAACAUCCAAGACUCGAUUUAAUUCAACUCUCACGUAUACGGAAUGAUCAAGCAGCAGGAAACAAGAAGUGUUUGCGCUUUGUGUGUGGAAUAGUCUGUGAGAGGAUAUGGGUAUGUUUGCAAAUCGCACUUCUAUGGGUGCAUAUUUAACAAAGAAGGAGGAAUCAUGAAACCCAGGGACGAUUUCAAGAUGGGACUGAUGACUGAUGAUACGCUAGCUGCAACAUUAGUUUUCGGGACAAUGUGCAAGAGUGAACAAAUACAAAGCGAGUUGAUAAACUAGGAUAACACACCGAAUGAAAUAUGUAUUUGAAUAUAAAGUCUACGGAUGUGUUGAGAGAGAAAUGAUGGGGGAAAGUGAGAAGAUUGUACAGAAAUUGUUACUUUAUAUUUCCAUCUGCAGUGGCAGAAAAGUGAAUUAUUCAGCUCACUACUUCAUUCCAAAUGAAAAUGAUAAAUCAUUUAAAUCCUGCAAAAGAUUCCCCCUCCUCUCAGCCCACAAGGAACACAGACAUUGUGAAAGAUUUAAAUGCGUUAGGGAUGUGAUCCCCACAACCCCUACCCCUGUCAUCCCUGCAGCUUUUUGUAGUCGAGUGUUGGUAUGUUUACAAAGAUGCACACACAAACACACAAGACACAAAAUAAAUGAUGAUAAGGCUUUGAUUGUACUAAAAAAAACACAUCCACUAGAAUUCCAUCUACUUUACAAAGUAAUGAACACCCUAUUAUUCAUCUCUUAAAUGUUUUUAUGGAAGAAAGUCUCCUAUUUGUUAUCACCCACUCUAGUCUCACUCUACACGUCUUUAGGACAGUAUGCAUGAAAACCUAAAGAGGCAAUCAAAUCCAUUCUGAACACUUCCCCAAUGAAAGAUAUUCAUAUUAUAACACUGCAGAGACUCUCGUGAAAAUAGGCUUUUCGUUGUUGUUUAAAGGUCAGGAUGCAAAUGAGCUGGAGUUUUCAGCUGGAAUGCACUUUUAUACCAUGUGAUGUUUAAUAAUAGAUUAAUCAUGUCAAAGAUUACAUUUGUUUUAUAAGAUGUCAAUUAAAAAAAAAAAUAACUGUAUGUAAAAACAUUUCAAAUGUAAAUACCACUGAAUAUUAUUCCUAAAAGAGAGUAUAUAAAAUAAGUGAAAAAAUCCAAAUGGAGUACUGUUGGUACUAUCUGUAUGUACUGUAGAUUAGAAAUGGAUUUACUCAAAUGGAUUCAACAGCCUCUUGGACUGAAAACAACACCAUGUAUUCUCCACCUGUGUAAUAAGUGAGCAGGGUUGUUUUGUGGUAGCGCUCAUCUGAGAUGGACAAGCCAGGCAUUCAAUAAUACAUGUGGCCUCCAGCAGAGAUUUGUUGUGCAAAAUAUUGGUAACAUGAAGCUUCUGCUAUCGAGGAUCCCAGUGGGAGGAAAAACUUCAUGUGGUGAGGAAAAAUACCCCUAAUGGGCAUACAACAGAAAUUCAGUAUAUUUCCCCCAAAAUCUGAAUUAUUAUUCAGCCAAAGUGAUACAAUAAAAUUGAAUUUCGAAUAUGCUCCGUCAGUGCUGCACUGCCUGAGAGACACAGAUUAAAGAUUUAAAGAUGGUUACUUAUCUCAUUAAAUAUAAUAAACUGUACCUUUGAGAAUAUGAUUUUUAAUAAUGUCUAUCAAAUGAAAUCUUUCCUGCAUUUCAGGCAAUGCAACUCAAGAACCAGCAUUCUGCUUUGAUCAAGUCUAAUUUUGUAAAAUAAUGACCUUAGACUCAGAUUUGUAGGAGUCCUAGGGAAUUUCGUCCUCACACCCUAACCAGAAUGUGGAAGCUUUUGGGGUGCCAUUACCGAAAUGUUACCAUUUGCUUCACUGUAAAGCCACCCACAUGCCACCAGUUUGGUCUGCCCAUAAUCUUGUCGUCUUCUGUCAACAUUUAGUUAAUCAAUCAGGAAGUCAGGCUUUACUUGGGCUUAAUCAAAACCCAAACACAACUCUAUACCCUUUAGCUGAGCCACAGACUUGUCCAUACAGUGCCACGGUUGCAAAUGGAUGUAACCAGGACCAUUGUAAAAAAUAACGCACAAUGACCGUAUAAGAGUGGGGGGUGCAGAACCUUGGGGUGUUCUUGGUUAUUAAGUAAUAGAGCUUAACUAGAUACCUGAAAGCUACCAUUAUGUUUCAUCAGCUUUGUAACAACAAUCCAAAUGGAAAUUCACUUACAUCAGCAUACUCAGUGCCAACGUUAGGAAAAUUCCGGUUUAUUACAACUUGGGUCUUACUUUAAUAUAUUUUUCCAAUAUUUAGAGCUUGGCACUGGAAUUUCAGGCCAGUCAAAGGUAUUCUGAAGAUAACAUGGAGCGAUCAAGUUAUUACAAAAAAUGUCUGUUAACAAAAGAUAUCAACGUUUCCUGACCUAUGUAUGUCCGGGUUUAAAUCUGAUAUAGAAUAGAUAAGAAAUAAGAACCAUUGGGACCAUUUUUUCCUAGACAUUUGAGAGAAUAAAAAGAGAGAAAUUAUAACAAUCAUUUUGACCCCAUUUACACCAGGUCAUUUCAUGUGUCUUGCUCAAAAACCUGUAUAUCUGGAUUCUAAAAUACUGACUUGUCAAGUUGUAAUACACCAGAAUUAUGAUGUAACCAUUAUUCUAUUGGGGAGAACUGUCAAAGGAUAUCCAAUAGAGGGAUAACAUUGAUGUCUCUUAUGAUGAUUUCACUUGUACACCUAAAAUGACUGCCAAAAAACUUGGGAACAAUUUGUUAUGAGAAUGAGUAUAGUUGGUAAGCCCACUAAUGUGUUGCUUUGUAGAUGCAUCAUUUUGACAAUGUUUUCCUUAGCUUUUAUGUGGAAUGUGCCAACUUUCUGAGUAGCUGUCUCUCACGACACAAUUAAGCUAUCCUAAGUUUUAUAAACGUUUUUGCCAAUUCACGGGCCGCCAAUAGCAAAAUAAAUUAGCAUUGUUUAUCAUAACUGGCCUUUCUGGCCUUCCAAUCAUAUGGUGUAUUCUAGAGCCUUUGAUUUGUUCCAGGUGUUUCAUCUCUGGUGAUUGGUCUAAUUCAAAGCUCUACUCUGGCUGAUUGGUCAAAAUCCAAGUGAUGAUUCUCCUGAUUUGGCUUAUUUCUGAGUUCUGAAGUGCUGCGCUGACUAAACCACUUGACGCAGCUGAUUAUACCACCUUGUGAGCCCAGUAAAUGUGUUCAAUCAAAAGCUUGAUUAGUUGAAUCAGUUGUUUUAAACACAAAACAAGCCUGCAGUCUUUGCAGCACUCCAAAACUCUUUUGUUUACUCUUUCAACUAGCUUCAACCCACACUGGCUGACGACAUUGGUCUUGUCAGGCCAUUUGUCAAGCACUCUGUCCAAAACAAAAACCUUCUUGAUACUGAGAAUACUGAUGUCACUAGCAGAAAAGAAAGAUGCGAGUAGAUAUCUUAGCUUUUAGAAGUUGAAAUAUAGCUUAAGGGUGCAGGUUAAGAUAAGUAUAAAUAUAUUAACCCCAAACAAGUAGACCCUAUUGGUUCUGUGCCCCCCGGGUGACUUCAUUGCUCUUGCACGAUGUUGAUACAAUUCCACAAUUUCGUGCUGAACAAAGUGUAUUUAUUUCUGUUGUACUUUUUCUUUUUGUAAAUUUGAAUAAAAAAGGAACUAUUUCAAA